GAGAGGCUUAGAACGCCAGCGAACGCUUAACGCAAAACACACGCGCAACAGCAACAGCAACAGCAGCAGCAGCAGCAGCAGUAGCAAAAAAACAAAAACAAAUAAAAAAAAAGAACAUCAGAAAAAAAAGAACACGUCGAAAAGACGACAAUAACCGCGCACGAUAAAAGUCGCCAGCGGCCAAAAACGCGCUCAUUGCGUGCGCUGUUUUCGCAACGGUAAAUUAGGUAGCACACAGCUGCUGAGAGUCGGGCAUCGGGCGGAUAUCAGAUACGCAGAUACUACAACCGAGAUAUACGUAGAGAGCCACAGAUAGGAUGAGGAUGCGGCACGCAUUUGCUGGAUUAAUUGUGUGUUGGCUGGCAGUUUGUCAACCGCAAGCUGAGGCGCAGUUUGCACCGUUCGGUCAACCCGUCUUUGGUGGACAGCCUGGCUUCUUUGGAGGCGGCGGACGCGGCCUACAGGGCUCCGUGUCCAGGGCCAACACAAACGCCUACGAGCGCCAGGUGGAGCUUGGCAACGAUCUGGAGCUCACGCGCGGCGUGUCCAACUCGCGCGCUGUGACGCGCCAGAACGGACAGCGCGUGGUCGCCAACAGCCAGGCGCUGACCCGCGGCCUGGACCUGGGCGGACUGCAGCUGGGCAACACCUUCACGCGCACACGCACCAACGCGAACGGGGCGGUGGUCGGCGGCGGCGUGGCCAAUCAGUUCCGCAUUGGCGAUGUCGGCCUGGGCGCCUCCCUCUCGCCGGACAACCUCCGGCAGGGCUUCGGACUGCAGCGCGACGCCAACGGCGAUGUGCGACUGGGCCUGGGCCUGCUCAGCCUCGAUCUGGACAGGAGGGUGGAGGACAGCAAUACGCUCAGCCAGGCGCAGGUGAACGCCCAGGGCCGUGGCGCUCGCGUCGGCUCCAACAGCAACAGCUUCACCAACAAUCAGCAGCUCGGCGGCCUCAAUGUCAAGGAGACGUUCAGCAACUCGAACGCCUUCGGACGGACACGCUUCGGCCAGACCUCGGCCAAUGCGGGCGGCUUCGGUGAGACGGCCGCCUCGCGUGGCCUCACCUUCGGCAACGGAUUCCGGCAACGCCGCACGCCCCAGGUCGCCUACCGCCCACAGCAGGUCGCGUACCGCCCGCAGCAGGUCGCAUUCCGCCCACAGCAGGUGGCCAAUCGUCGCUUCCUGCGGCCCAAGCGCCACGCCCAGUUCGUGCCCUUCGGCUAUCCGCAGCCGUCUUACGGCUUUGGUGGUGGCUUCGGCGGCUUCGAGGCGGAACGUCCACGUCGCCAGUUCGGACGUCCGGGCGGCGGUUUCGGCGGACCUCCGAGCUUUGGCGGACCUCCGAGUUUUGGCGGACAGCCGGGCUUUGGCGGACCACCGGGCUUUGGCGGACCACCGGGCUUUGGCGGAAAGCCGGGCUUUGGCGGACAGCCGGGCUUUGGCGGACAGCCGGGCUUUGGCGGACAGCCGGGCUUCGGUCAGCCUAGUUUCCCACAGGGCGGCAACAAGCGCGGCCCCGUGCAGUCGUCGGGCAGUGCCGGCGCCAAGGGCGGCCCCGGGUUCAAUCAGCAGGCGGGCAGCAACAACUUUGCCAAUCAGAAUGCGGACGGCUCGCAGGAUGCGGGCAGCAGCAGCAUCGGCUCCAAUCUGGCCGAGGACGGCAACAGCGGCCAGGUGAGCUCGGCGAACACCAACCAUCAGUCGGGCCAGGGCCACAGCUCGAACGGCGCCCAGAGCCAGGCGCUGAACUUCCGGCCCGGCGAGCAGCAGGCGAGCAGCUCGAAUGCGAACACCGAGCACACGCGGACGGGCAACAGCGAGACCAUUGGCUCGAACAGCGGCUCCACCUCCACCAACAACAAUGAGCGGGGCAGCUCCAGCAACACGGCCAACACGGACACGAAGAUCGUGCGCAACGGCAACCAGCAGACGAUCACAUCGGGCGCCAACAGCCAGUCCAUCUUCCAGGGCAACAACAACCAGGGCAACGCCGCGGCGAACACCAAUGCGAACAUCAGCUCACAGCGCAACCCCAACGGCUCCGUGACGAACUCGGCGUCGAGCAGCGCCAGCGCCACCAGCCAGAACGGGCAAUCGGCCAAUGCGAGCGCCAGUGCCAGCGCCGGCGGCAAUCGCAAUGGGGGAGCUGGAGCGGACGCCAAUGCCUUUGGUGGCGGAACCAAUAGGCGUGGCGGCGGCGGCGGCGGCGGCGGCGCCAAUGCCAAUAGCAAUGCCUUUGGCGCCUUCAAUGGACCUUUUGGAUUUGGCCGUUAGUACCACUUGAGUCAAUACGCACAGCACCACCCGCACCACCUAAUCCUUAUAGCAUGGUCACUUCCUUCUCUCUCUUUUUUUUUUUGUUUGCCAACGAAUCACUUUAAGCACUCGAAUAAAAUGCAUUUGUUAAUUUUA